AAACUUAUUAAAUAGAUCCUUAGAUGUAAGAUAGUUGCGGCGCAGAAAUGAACAAGCACCACAAGCAUGCAGUGUUGGACCAUGAUAAUACGGCCGAGCUCUUCAAGCAAUACCAAGACAUGAGCGUCGACCAAAAGGCAUCUCUCACAAAUGAAGACCGACUAAAAUUCCAACACGCAGAAUUACACGAGAAGCAUAAGGGCCACGAAGCGAUGCAUGGGGAAAUGGUGCUAAUUCUGUUCAUAUCACUUGUCAUAGGCCAAUGUGUAUUGUUCCACUGGCGAGCACGAUACAACAAAUCCUACACGAGGGCAACUCUUCUUUUCAUGUGGACCGUUCCUAUGUAUUUUGUCAUCACACACUACUGGAUACGAUUUCUGGUUGUCUGGGCGGUGUUCACGUUGCUUAAUUUCUAUGUGGUUUUCAAGGCCACUAGAAAACCUCUAGCAAACACUACUCCAAGAUUGGUGUACAAGUGGUUCCUAAUUAUGCACAAGGUCAACUACGGCAUGGGAGUGUUGGGCUACCUCUUAGUCAUGUUCACCCUCAUAGGGGUCAAUGUCCUGUUCGGGGUCACCCCUGACAAGAGCAUGGACUGGGGCCUCACUGUUCUCUUUUACGGACUGUACUUUGGAGUAUUAUCACGUGACUUCUCGGUGCUCUGCACAGACAAAAUGGCAACAAGAUUAGGCUACCAAACGAGGAGUUCUCUGCCUGGGAAGCGAUUGGACGAGGACGUGUGUGCAGUAUGUGGCAAUAGACUCCUUGUUCCUCUGGGCGAAGAGGGCGUCAUAGAGGACACUGUGAAACUACCAUGUGGACACAAGUUCCAUGAGUUCUGCAUACGUGGCUGGUGCAUCGUCGGCAAAAAAGAAACAUGUCCUUAUUGCAACGAGAAAGUGAACACUAGAGACUUGGUGAAACACCCUUGGGAACGAGUGAACUUAAUGUACGGACAGUUCCUAGACUGGAUACGAUAUCUGAUAGCGUGGCAACCAUUGAUUCUUUUAUUCGUCCAGGGACUCAAUAUGACAUUAGGUCUGGAAUAGUGCAGGAGCUGCAGGACGUCAUUAGCAUGGGUUAAAAGGGAUCCUUAAUAAGCAUUCUGCCCUUUCUGUUAUUAAUAAACCAGUGGUAUGAAAACAUUGGUAAGUCUCAAAAAGGCAGUUGGAGUUAAUUUGUGAAGCACCAAUAUGCAUUCAUUGCCAGGUGUAUUACAUUUUCGUUUCAUUGCACGUCAAUUCGCCCUCAGAUUUUUAGACCUCUAUUUUUUUCAUUCCAUAUAAUAAAUAAACCCCAACAAAUUUCGGAACGGUUAUUGUAGUAAUUCAAACGAUCAUGUGAUAGCAAGCGAAUAAAUUGCCAUCGGAAUUUUGUAUUGAGUUUUUGUUAGCCGAAGAUAGCCAACUGUCUUUUUGCCCAAGUUAUGCCAGCUGUAAGUUUUCUACCAGUUGUCGCUCUACGUGCUUCAGCGAUUUAUGGUUGUUGUUUUACCGAAUCUUAAUUAUUAUUGUAAAAUAGAUACCGCUUGAAAAUUUAUUAUUUAAUGAAAUUAUAUGAAAUACUGUUUUCAGAUGUUAUAUGUUUGGCUUGGUUUUAUGCGCGGCGCUUUUUAUGAUAUUAUCGUAAAUUUCUUUUUUUUUUGUAAAACUUGGGUUUAUAUUACCAGUGUUACAAUGUUAUUGUUUUCGUCAAUGCUCAUUUGUUAUAUUGUACUUAAAACUGCCUACCAAAGUAAAGA